AUGUCGGACGAGGAGCAUCACUUCGAGUCGAAGGCUGAUGCCGGGGCCUCGAAGACCUACCCCCAGCAGGCCGGGACGAUCCGGAAGAACGGGUACAUCGUCAUUAAGGCGAGGCCCUGCAAGGUUCGUCUUCGAUCUAUGCGGUGCUUGGUCUCGCGUACUUUUUGAUUUGGAUGUGGUUUAUCUGCGUUUGAUCACGGGUCGUCGGGGCGGGGUUGCGAUCGGACGUUACAUUUGAUUGUCAUAUUGUUGCUGCUGAGAGGGACUGAUCCGUUUUACAUCUUGCUAGAUGUAUGUGCUUCUCAUUGAUUUCCAUGUGCACGUGUGUAUUUUUUUAACUGGUUGCUUUGUUCCUUUUUAUUGAGUUCUGUGACCAAUCGAACCAAUAACCUGAACCAAAAAUUUAUCUGGCUGACUUUGUGCGUGACAUACAUUUUGUCUGCUGGUUGAUAGUGCACAUCAUUUUGAUUUUACUCUCAGAUAUUACUUUUGCCAUUCUAUCAAUAGGACAUGCCUUGGACUUGAUGUCUCCGAUGACAUAGCCGUUGAUCUAUCGAUCGAUUGGACAUUCUAGUGAGUUCGUGAAUUCUAUGAAAACAUUUUUUUUGCCAUAAAAGCAGAAUGGAACGUCAUGAAGAAUUCUUAAUGCAAUCUCUGUCACUCAUCGACGGUAAAAUAUAAUCUGUGGCAUUUUUCUGUGGAUGACAGACUUUUUCCCCGAAGUUUUGAAGUUUUUUCUUUCACGUCAACCCUGGGAAGGCGUACAUUCAUUUAUAUUUGCGUUGGAAUUUAUUGUCUAAAAUUUGUGUGGAUUUUUUUUUAAUUUCCAGAUUGGCGAUCAUAUUGUUUAUAGUUUUUUUUUUUGUUAAUGCAUUCUUUUUAUAUUGGAAACGCUUUUUCUAAUGAACAUAAACAUAUUUUCCGAAUGGCAGUCCAUUUUAUUUCCCUCUCUUCUUGUUACUUAAUUCAUUGCAUGCAAGGGAAAAGCUGGAUGGCAGUCGUUCUAGGCUAGACAUUAUUAGAUGCAAAUUGUGUUUUUGAAUUUCUUCACUUUUAGACUUUUGAUCAAUGAUCCCUCAUGUCCCUACUUUCGUCAUUAUUUCAACCUUCGUAGUGAUUAUUUAUUUUAUUUUUUUAAUUUCCUUCAUAGGUUGUUGAGGUUUCAACAUCCAAGACUGGAAAGCACGGCCAUGCAAAAUGUCACUUUGUUGCUAUUGAUAUCUUCAAUGGGAAGAAGCUGGAGGAUAUUGUGCCCUCCUCCCAUAACUGUGACGUAAGGAUGUUCUUCUUAGCUAUCUGUGGCUUCCCGGAACUGGGCUACAUUAUCUGUCCUUGGGCAUUAACUGGGUAUUGUCUUUACCAGGUUCCCCAUGUUAACCGCACGGACUAUCAGCUGAUUGAUAUCUCUGAAGACGGAUUUGUACGUAGAGAUGUUUUCUAAUGUUAAACACACAUUUACAGUUUGCGGUUUUCUUUUAACAAGCUAUUCUGCAGGUGAGUCUGCUCACCGAAAAUGGGAGCACCAAAGAUGAUCUGAGACUCCCGACUGAUGAACCACUGCUUUCCCAGGCACGUUCUCUGGGUCUUAUCUUUAAAGUUAAUAAUUAAGCCUGAAUGACUUUGACUUGGACUUUUUCUCUGUGGCCGCAAUGUCCGGUAUGCAAUGUGGGUUUGGGGAAAUCCUAGCUGUUUGAUGUAACCACCGUACAGAUGUUUAGGUGAAGAAUUAUCUUCUCAAUUUUAGAAAGAAAAUAGGGAAAAUUUUGUCUGAAAAUACCAGCUUUCCAGACUGGGAACUGGAUGAAGUUUGUACAUGUCUAGAAUGACUGCCAUUCCGAAAGUUUGCCCUAUUUAGAUAUGUGCUCCCUGGCGACGACAGAGAAUGUUAGGGUUAUUUUAUGUGAUUUUUCUGAAGAACAUACUUUUCUGUCCUUUUUGAGUAGGUUGUUCAUAUUAAUAUUUACUCUCGUUCUGUGGAUAACUUUUGCAGAUUAAAGAUGGGUUCGCUGAUGGGAAAGACCUGGUGGUCACGGUGAUGUCUGCUAUGGGUGAAGAACAGAUCUGUGCCAUCAAGGACAUUGGACCCAAGUAG